CAGCCGGGCGGCGGCGGCGGCGGCGUGUCUCUCAGUGCGCACGCCCGGGUCGAGCCCGGCUCCGAGGGUGGAAAUAAUACGUGGCGUCUGAAGUGGGAGCCGCGCAGAGCGGAGAUGGGACCCGAGCGAGAGAUCUGCAGCUAACUCGGCUGCAUUUGCUCACCCGGCAAGGAAGGUUCAGGAGGAGGAUCAGAUGGCGAUCUGCUUGGGAUUUCUUCGCUCACAAGAGGCCAUCUUUGCUUUCAAAUGUCCUUUCUAUGUAUGCCGGCAGGUGUAAAGGAUGAGUGCUUAUGCUGACAUCUGUGCAUCCAGCCAGGCCCAGCAAGGUUCUACAGAGAAUAACUAUCAGCGCUAUGGAGUUCGCUCUUACCUGCAUCAAUUUUAUGAGGACUGCACAGCAUCCAUUUGGGAGUAUGACGAUGAUUUUCAGAUCCAGAGAUCACCUAGCAGGUGGAGCUCUGCAUUCUGGAAGGUCGGACUCAUCUCCGGGACGGUGUUUAUGCUGAUAGGGAUAAUUGUUCUUAUAGUAGGUUUUCUGGUGCCCCCCAAAAUUGAAGCCCUGGGUGUUGAAGAUUUUGUAGUGGUGGAUACACAUGCUGUUCAGUUCAACAGAGCCCUUGACGUGUGUAAGUUGGCAGGAGCAAUUUUGUUUUGUAUCGGAGGGACCACAGUGGCAGCUUGCUUGCUAAUGUCUGCGUUUGCCAAAAGCUACUCCAAAGAAGAAAAGUACCUGCAGCAGAAAUUUAAAGAGCGAAUAGCAGACAUGAAGGCCCACACCCACCCAGUCACAAAGGCCCCAGCACCUGGAGAAUCCAAGAUACCUGUCACUCUGUCCAAAAUUCAAAAUGUCCAGCCAUUAUCUGAAACCUGAUUCUUUCCUUUCCCCCACUUUACACUUCCCAUGAUUUGAAAAGGUCAAUUUUGACUAAUCUGUGUUUGCAAUGCAGCACCACUGCACUCUACACCUAGCAGGAAAGGAAACAGAUUGAAAAUCUAAUCCAGUAGGAAUCCUGACAUUGCAAGACAGCAAAGGUUCAGCCAUUACCGGUUUGAACAAAAAAUAUCGAUUUGCUUGCAAUUGGAUGACUGGGGUGGACUUGCUUCAGAUUCACUGAAUCCUUACCACCUAAAAGACCCCCCAGAAACACAAUGUGACGUUCUUUCAGUUUUGGUUCCCAGAUAAUGUUUGUACUUGGUAUUACUGUGGACACCUUAAAGUAUACCUUGAUCAAGAUUAACCGCCAAACGUUUGGAACAGUUGUUUGUAUCAGAGAAUGGUGCAACCUGAAAGAGAUUUCCUACUCCAGUUUCCACCAUACUGCUGAAGAGGUAGCAUACACACAAGUAGUUUGUUUGUUCAGCAGUUCAUGUUGCUGUGGUUAGAAACAUACAAGAAACAGCAAGCCUCCAGUGUCCUUGCCCUUUUUAUAGCAUAGAGGGUAGAUCAUCCACUUUGUGUUCUAUCAUUUCCCAGUCUUAUUGCACAAGGCUCCCAUCCUCCUCCUCUUUGCGAAGAAAUCCAUUCUUUUGUGUCAACUGAAUUCUGAGGCAGCCCAUUUCCCGCUCGUUCAUUCAACAACAUCUCAUCGCUGUUACAGUAGUAUUAAGCUAUAGUGGAAAACAGCUGACCGUCUCAGUCCUCACAGCCUUGUUUUCCUUUUGAUUUAAUGGCAGUGGAAAAUGCAAUCGUAAAACGUGUGCACUUUUGGUAAGGAAAACCAAUUACCCCAGUUACUGGUCCAGUCUUACGUCCUUUAGGAAUAAAGUGUGAACCAUUUUUAAAAAACCUUGUUAAAUAUGAGGUCCAUUUGCACCAGGAGGAGAUAAGAGCUCAAAAACCCAGCUCUUUGUGUUAUGUGCACUGCGGCAUGUACAUAAAAUGUGUGAGCAUACACAGUGCCGCCCCAUUUAAUUCACAUCAAUGGAAGAAGCCAACAUACACAUUCACUAAAACUGCAGAAGAGAGUAUCCCUACUCCCAUGGCCACAGAAACCUCCUGGGUUUGGAAAACCUCUUGGGUCUUUGGCUCAUUCCGCACAUGCAGAAUAAUGCACUUUCAAACUGCUUUCAGUGCUCUUUGAAGCUGUGAGGAAAGGCAAAAUCCACUUGCAAACAGUUGUGAAAGUGGUUUGAAAACGCAUUAUUUUGCGUGUGUGGAAGGGGCCUUCGAUUGUUUUAAGAAUGGUCUGCAUAGAGUUUUCCCUCAUAGUCUCCCCCAUUCCCAUUAAUUUCAAGAUUUCAAGGAUUGUCCCCGGUCGAAUCUGGUCAUUUUAAAACGGAGAUCCUCUGCCUUCUCUACACCUGAUUGUCUGACCUUAGAAGAAACUAUAAAAUGUACUUCUAUUUUUCUAGAUGAGAAAAAGCUCUCCUGAGUCAGAUUAUAGUUAUGUUGAUGCUUACCUGCAGACCUGCCCUUUUACAAAAGAUAUACAUCAUCUUUGUCUCAAAAGACACAGUUAUCUCAUCCCUUUAAUCCAUGGAUUGAAACCAACUCUGUGUGAAGAGAUGUGAACUUUGUAUUCUUUCGCAAUAUGUGCCCACCUUAUAAUUCUGCCUAUUUUAUGAAUGGAUUAAAUAAAGAUAUAAGAACUGG